AUGUGGCUCUAUGCGGUCCUGGCCCUGGCUGUUCUGUGGGUUGCAGUCUGGCUCUGGAGGGACAGUCUGGUGAUUGACAAGGUCUCAAAUAAAUAUGUGUUUGUGACUGGCUGUGACUCCGGAUUCGGCAACCUGCUAUGCAAGAAGCUGGAGCGCCGUGGAUUUCAGGUGUUGGCUGGUUGCCUCACACAAAAAGGAGCAGACGACUUGCAGAGGGGCACAGGGCCCAACUUGAAAACAAUCCUGGUGGAUGUGACAGAUGCCGCUAGCGUGAAGAUGGCCGUGCAGUGGGUGCAAAAAGAGACAGGAGGUAAAGGACUCUGGGGCCUUGUAAACAAUGCUGGCCGCUCGGUUCCCAUGGGCCCCACGGAAUGGAUGCGUACAGAAGACUUCCAUAGCACUCUGCGUGUCAACAUGAUGGGGGUCAUAGAGACAACCUUAGCAUUCUUACCACUGAUCAAAAAGGCAAGAGGUCGUAUUGUUAACGUAGCCUCUGUCCUGGGGAGACUGGCAGCCAAUGGUGGUGGAUACUGCAUCUCCAAAUUUGGAGUAGAGUCCUUCUCUGACUGUCUAAGGAGGGACAUCCAUUACUUUGGUAUUAAAGUGAGCAUUAUUGAACCCGGAUUUUUCAAGACAGCAGUGACGAGCCUGGAACCCAUCGAGAAGGAGCUGCAUCGCCUCUGGAACCAGCUGGACCCAGAGAUUCGUGACAGUUAUGGUGAAAAAUACUUUGAGAAGUACAUUAAGCUGCAGAGAUUCAUCAUGAAUACGUUCUGUGAUCCAGACCUGUCAAAAGUCACCAACUGCAUGAUACACGCACUGUCAGCCAAAUACCCACGGACCCGGUACAGCGCUGGCUGGGACGCCAAGUUUGCCUGGAUUCCCUUCUCCUACGCUCCUGCCUUUAUUGUGGACAGCAUGUUAAGUGCCGUCCUUCCUCGGCCAGCACAGAGCUGCUCUUAG